CAAAACUACCGAUUACAUUUAAAUAUAUAAAGUUCAACAGAAAACGCGCAAGUGAAAAAUUAUAAAAUUUAAGUUUAUUAAAAACAAAGAAAUUAAAAGGAAGUGAGAUUAUUUGAAAAUAAUAAUAAAACUGAAAACUACUUUGUGGAUUAACUGGUGAAAAAACUAUACUUAUUGUUCCUUCCAGAUAUGUAUAAAGGAACACACACUAAAAAUUUGUAGAAAUCGAUUCUGUUGAGGCUAAUAAGAUUCAACGAGUGAGUAAAUUGUCCGUGUAAUCAUGCUCAGUAAAAGGCAAUAUAAGAGGAAUAUAAAAAAAAUAAAGGAAAACAUAUUAAAUGUAAAUCAAACAUCCACUCAGCCGGAACAUAAUGCCACGUCGACUGCAACCAUUUCCAAAAAUACAUUUGUAUUGCCUCAAAGAGAAAACAUAGUAACUACACAAAAUGUUGACGAACUUAGAGAAACCGAAAUAGGUCCAUUACAUUCACACGAAACAUUAUCUGAAAAAUUACGAAAGUGGUUUCUUGAACACAAACCAACAACAGAGUGUACUACUGAUUUGCUUAAAAUUUUGAAAUCAGAAAAUUUAAAAGUACCGACGUCUGUACAGGGUCUUGUUGGCAAAUAUACCCUAUGUAAUGAACGAACAACUACUCCCGGAAAAUAUGUGCAUAUCGGUUUAAUAAAUCAGCUGUGCAAAAUUACAUGUUUAUUAGAAGAACUACAACUCGAAGAAGUCUCUGUGGACAUUGGAAUAGACGGUUUACCCAUUUUUAAAAGCUCCGCCGUUGGUCUGUGGCCUAUAUUAGCCCGAUUUGUUAAUAUUCCACAGUGUGGUGUUUUCAUGAUAGGAUGUUAUGUAGGCAAGCAAAAACCAGCAGAUGUAAAUAAUUAUUUACAUGAUUUUGCUGCGGAGUUAAUGGAAUUGAAAAAUAAUGGUUUUGAUUGCAAUGGAAAACGAAUAAACAUUAAAAUAAGAGCCUUUGUAUGUGAUGCCCCAGCAAAGGCAUUUGUAUGUGGGAUCAAAGGACAUAUGUCUCUUAACGGAUGCUCUUGGUGCAGACAAAUUGGUGUUCGAAUAGAUAAUGUUAACACAUUCUCAACAUAUAUUGGAGAAAAAAGAACUAAUGAAGAUUUUCAACAGAGAACAUUUAAAGAUUUUCAUAAGCCGAUGUAUUUGGAACUGCAAAUGAAAUUAGAAGUUGUCGGUAUUAAAAUGAUGACUCAAUUCCCCUUAGACGCAAUGCAUCUGAUUGAUCUUGGUAUAACAAAAAAGAUUUUGAGUGCUAUAAUAAACAAAAAGACCAUAAAUCAGAACCACACGAUUGCAUCAAAUAACUUCACCAAAAUGUCGCAACCAAAAAAACAAAAGCUUGACAGCACGUUGAUGGCCAUAUUAACAAAAAUAGAAUCUAUUCAAGAAGAUGUUAAAGAAAUUAAAAGUCAUAUACUUCAAAACAAUAACAAUGAUUCUACGCAGCAAAAUCUCCUUUUAGACAAACUGUCAAAUCAAAAUAUUAAUGUGAGUAACAUUUUGGCAGAACAAACAGUUGCACUUAAGUCUACUAUUACAUCACUUUGGCAAAACCCAAAACAUCUUCAGCGUUUUCCAGUAGGCUCCGAAGAUGAAUUGAAGGAGUGGGAAAAUGCCAUUGACAAUGAUAACAAAUGUGGAAUGAUUCAUGCAGUUAAAUGUUUGCUGGGAAAAGGAGGUAUAAGAAAAAAUUUAAAAUUAAUUUUAAGCCCACACUUAAUCCUCAGUUAUAAUCUUCACGGAACUCACAACAAGAAGAGACUGUAUAGUUACAACAAAGUAAUGGAUGUUCUCUUGCGUUCUACUGUGAAUCCAAAUGACUCUCAUUCGUUUGAGAGUGACAUGCGAAAAGCCAUCAAAGAUAUUAAAAACCGUUACUUCAAAGAUCAGUGCGUUAAAAAAAAGGAACAAAAUACUGCCAAAGAUAUCCCAACAAAUUAAUAAAUUUAUAUUUAAAUUCAUUUAUAAUUAAUGUUUAUCAGAUAUUUUGUGUAGCACAUUUUUAUUUCAUACACUUUUUUGAAACUGAACUAUUUUUUUUAAUAAUUUCAUUUGUGUUCGUUCAAUUAAAAAAUUUAGACUGAACCAAACCAAGGAUAUUUUUUAAGAAUGUAUUUAAUUUAAUACGCUUAUGUGUAUAUAUAAGCAUAUAUUUAAUAUAAAAAUGAAUGAAUAAUUAGUUUUUAUUAUCCCAUGUAACAGUAAUUUUCACACAUGUACAGGAAUCUGUGGACCAUUAGUACUAACUAUGUUUACUCAGUUUUUCAUAAUCAGCUCUUAUGUCCCUGUAAAAGGACCUUAAAGUUUGAAGGACAUACGAUUUUUAUUGAUGUACAUUAGACCGACUCACAAAAAAUGGAGCUUGAGUUAUGCAACACAUAUAAAUAUUUAAAAUAUUUGUUUGAAAUUGUAAGUCCUUUAAACUUUGAAGUCCUUUUAUAAGGACAUAAGAGCUGAUUAUAAAAAUCAGAGUAUGCAGAAUGGACUCUAGUUUCACAUGCUAUCAACUUUUCUAUGUGUGAAAGCUUUUUUUCAAAAUUGUUACGGGGUGUUAUAUAUGUAAAAUUGUAUUUAUUUUUCGUUAAGUUUUUCAGCAUAUUUUUUUCUGUCUACAUUACAAAUGAAAUAAAAUUAGUUAAUGUUUUUAUGAAAAAAUUGUCAAUUCAGUAAUCAAGCAAUUGUUGUAAGUAUUAAUUUUGUGACAUCUAUGUAUGUAUUGCCUUCUUAGACUCCUUAUUUUUAAUGACAUCCUGAAGUCCUUAUUUGUAAUGACUUUCUGAAGUCCUUAUUUGUAAUGACUUCCCGAAGUGCCUUUUUAUAAUGACUUCUUGAAGUCCUUAUUUUUAAUGAUUUCUUGAAGUCAUUAUUUGUAAUGACUUCCUGAAGUCCCUAUUUAUAAUGACUUCUUGAAGUCCUUAUUUAUAAUGACUUCUUGAAGUCCCUAUUUAUAAUGACUUCUUGAAGUUCCUAUUUAUAAUGACUUCUUGAAGUCCCUAUUUGUAAUGACUUCUAUAAGUCCCUAUUUGUAAUGACUUCUAUAAGUCCCUAUUUGUAAGCGAGCGUGGUAAGUACUUCUUUAACUCCCUAUUUGUAAGC